AGGUAGCGGGUUUAGGUGUCAACCCUGAGGAGGCAGCGUUUUUCUGGGCUAGUCCCUAGUUCUCUCUCUCUCUCUCUCUCUCCAGAAGAUUCUGCCGGUUCCCUCUCCUCUGGGUAGUACCUGGCUCUGCAACGCGCCGCCAUGAUGGGCCACCGUCCCGUGCUCGUGCUCAGCCAGAAUACAAAGCGUGAAUCUGGAAGAAAAGUUCAAUCUGGAAACAUCAAUGCUGCUAAGACUAUUGCAGAUAUCAUUCGAACAUGUUUGGGACCCAAGUCCAUGAUGAAGAUUCAAGUCCAGCAUCCAGCAGCCAAGUCAAUGAUUGAAAUUAGCAGGACACAAGAUGAAGAGGUUGGAGAUGGGACCACAUCAGUAAUUAUUCUUGCGGGGGAGAUGUUGUCUGUGGCUGAGCACUUUCUGGAACAGCAGAUGCACCCAACAGUGGUGAUCAGUGCUUACCGCAAAGCACUGGAUGAU